AUGGCUAAAGUGUGUGCAAACCCCUUUCUCCAACCUCUGAACGACACCAUAGGAGCUCAUACCCUGAUGGUCCAGACCUUCUCGCGGUGCGUUCUGGGAUCUGCGGAUGAGGUGGACUUGGACGAGCUGUCGGCCACCAAGCUGGUCACGUUUAUGAUUGAUAACCAUGACAGUGUGCUGAAGGUGCCGUCCGACCUGCGAGCUGUCAAGGAGCAUCUGUCUCACCUCAGAAGAGCUCAGAUGACAGACACGGACACCUCCAUGGCGUCUCCACCUCACUCGUUCUGCAGACAGAUGAGCAGAGAGGAGUUUGACCUGCAGAGGGUCUCUGGACCUCAAGGAGCCAUCGUGGAACUAUUGGAGAACAUCAUACAAGACAAGAACAUGUCCAUCAAAGACAAGAAGAAGAAGCUGAAUCAGUUCCAGAGAUCUCACCCUGACAUCUACCGUAGACGCUUUCCCACCUCUGAAAGCGAGGCGGUGGUUUUCCCAGAGAGACCCCAGAGACUCAAAGCUCAGCUGAUGUUCCUCACGCUGAAGAAACCCUUCCAACCCUUCCAGAGGACCUGGAGCUUUCGGGUUUAAUGCAGCGCUCAGAGCAGUCAGUUUGACUCUAAGGCGUCAGUGUUAAGUAUUAUUAUCAAGGAGAGAUGUUACUGAAUAUUAAAGGUUGCAUUCUGCCAGGACAUCCUGAAUCUAAAUAACACUAAAUUCACCUCAUCAGUGAUCAGAUGGAUUAAAUAAAUUAUAAUGCU